AUGAUCACCGUCGAGCUUAGGGGCCUUAUAUCAGGCAUCAUCAUCAUCAUCAACGCCUCUAUACAAUUAUGUCAAGCCGUUGACGACGUAUCAGGCUUGCCGCCGUCGUUUCGCGACGUGGCCAAUCGCCUCCCCGCAAUCCAACACACGCUGGAGGAAGCACUUCGGAGGUUGGUUGAAGAGGAAGACAAUACAUGUACAAUAUCGGCUGAGCGAUACGUCGGGCUAUAUCGGAUGCUGGAGAGCUGCCGCAACAAGGCAACUGCUAUCCAAAACAUUCUGCAAAGUGUUAGUCCUGAUGCCAAUACCUCGCUCAUCAAGCGCUGUGCAAUGGCGAUGAAGGCCAUCUCCCUUGCGAAUAGAGUCGAGGGCUUGAUGCAGAACAUUCUUCACGACCUUCAAGUGCUGGCGGCGGAUAACGCCGUGCAUAGAAAUUCCAAGUCGCAGAUCAAGUGCCUAUAUGUAGUGCUCUUCAGAGCUGGAGGCAUUAGAUGA